AUGUCAACUAGUGAGUUUCUACGCUCCUCCCCAGCCAGGGAUGAUAAUGAUUAUGAUAAUAAGAAACCUAUAAUUUCCACUCAAACACCUUUACAUAACAAAAUCUCAUCUAUUCCAUUAACCAAAUCAUCAACAUCAUUAUCUUUGAAGAAUCAACAACAACAAACACAACAGGGGCAGCAACAAUUUACAAUGGGUACACCAUCCAUAACUGCAUCAGCAUCGAAAUAUAUUAACCAAUCAUUAAACUUGAGUGGGUGGACACCUUUAAUUUCAAAAACUUAUUCUAGUGAACAAUUAUUAUUAUUUAAUUCAACACCAAACAAACUUGUAUUUUCAAACAGCAACAGCAACAACAACAACAACAACAACAACGGCAACACGUCUAUAAAUGAUUUAGAUUUUCAAGGGUUUGGUUUAACUCCUUUUAUAAAUCAUAAUAUUAAUGUUUUGGGCAGUGCUACAUCAGCAAAUCAAUUCAACCCUAAUUUCACUCCUUAUCAUGAAAGAAUAUUUCAAAAUACAAAUGAUUUUUAUAUUGAUUCACCAAUUAGAUUUGGUAUGAAUAAUGGUAAUACUACUACUAAUAAUAACAAUAAUCUAAAUCUUUCUUUAAAUCAAGAUAUUCAAGCUAUUACUCCUUCAAAAUUCAAUCUUAAUAAUGUUGCCAAUAAGAAAAUCUUACAAGAUCCUUUGAAAAGUGCCACUAAAAGAUCAAUAGCUUUACUUGAUACUCCACCUAGACAACCUCAUAAAUUAAGUAUUACUACAAAGGCAGAAAAGAAUGAAAUUGAAUUACAAAAUGAAGCAAUAGGAAAUGGAAAUGGAAAUGAAAAUAUGAGCAAUGAAAAUGACAAAGAAAAUCAAAAUCCAAAUUUAGAGAAUAAUAAAUUGACAGUGCUUCAAAAGAAAAUUGAAAUCGAAGUAGAAAAAGAAGACGAUGAAGAAGAAGAAGAAGAAGAUGACGAUGAAGAUUUUGAUAAGAAGGCAUUCUUACAAACACCAUCCAAAGUACUUCGAGAUGUCAGCAAUAAACCAAAAAUUCAAUUUCAAACACCAGCCAAGCAAAAAUUAUUAGCAGCAAGUUCACCAUCAACAAUUAUUAUUUCUAGUCCUGCCAAAGGUGACGAAGAUGAAGAUAAAAAUAAUGAUGACAACAAGGGGAAAAGUAGUGUUGUUAUUGAUAUUGACGAUGACAAAGAUGAUGAUGAACCUCUAAUGGUUCCACCAAGUCCAACACCAGCAAAGAAUUUACCUAAAAAACCAAUAAUGGGGGUAUUUUCAGAAAAGAAAUCUAAUUCAAUUAAUGGUAAUCAAAAUUUGUUUAGUCAUUUUAAUAACAAUGGUGGUAACAAAACCAAUAAUAAAACAAGUGAUAAAUCGAAGAAUAAAACAAAAAACCAUCAACUGGCACCACAACCACCAGCAUCAGCAUCAGCAUCAGCAUCAGAAUCACAAUCGACAGAAACAACUCUCAAUUUUAAGAACAAUAAGAAAAAAGCGGCAAAUAAAGCCAAAAUGCAAGCAGGUAUGAAUAAAUUCCAAAUUGUAUUGACUGAUGUGCAUACAUUAAUGAAUAAGAAAAAGAGGAAUACUAAAGAUGACGAUCAAAAGAAACAACAUCAGCCACCACCACCACAACAACAACAACAGAAACAAAAAGAGAAACAACUACAAACAGAUAAUAAUAAAUCUGAUAAAAGAAUUGUAUCCAAACAAUCAACACAGUCUCUACCGCCUCCACCAGCACAAUCACAAGCACCGACAUUAACUACAACUCCACAAUUAACUCAUCAACUGUCAUCAUUACAAGAUCACAAUAUAACUAUGAAUAGUUCUAAAGAUCAUAGUAGUAUAAUAUCUGCAGGUAAUAACAGUAUGAAUACUAGUCAUUUUAACAUUACUACUGAUCAUUCAUCAUUUGAAUUUGGUGGAUUAUCAUCAACGCCGAAUUCCAAGUUUUUAUUAGAUAAAAUAUUUGAAAAACCAUCACCACAAACCAAUUAUUUCCUACUACAACAACAACAGCAGCAACAACAUCAAAUACAACAAAUACAACAAAUGCAACAACUACAACAGAUACAACAACAACUGCAACAAAUUAUUCUGAUGAUACCUACACAAGAUGGGCCUAGUAAUAGUACAAUGCCACCUCCAGGCAAGCAACAACAACAACAACAACAAUCAGUACAAUUUAUUGCUUCACAAUUUCCAUUAAUGACAAUGACAAUGUCGACUCCUCAACAUCAAGGUGUGAUUAAUUAUACUCCUCAAUUUUACAAUACCACUACCAUUAGUGAGAGUAAUAUUGGUUCUUCUACUGCUACUAGUGGUGAUGGUAGUGGUAGUAGUAAUGGUAAUAGUAGUCAAGGAACUUCACCUGAUGGAUUAUAUAAUUAUGGUAAUACACCACAAGGAAUGUCUAUGUUUCAUAAUGGUAUUCAAUUUGGUCAAUCACGAUCUGGUGCAACUGCUACUAAUAAUAAUCUUCCUCAAUAUGAUGAAUAA